AUGAAGGCGUUCUUAGACAAUCUUGCUCAUGUUCUCGAUGCCAGGAGAAGUAAGCACCAAGUGAUUCUGGGCGAUUUCAACGCAACUCCUGGUUUACGCCGUAAUGAAGAGCGAUACAUUGGUAACAAUUCCUCAGGAGCUCGAAAUCACCGUGGACAAAUGUUGGCCGACUUUUGUGAGGAAAGAAAGCUAUUUCUUGCUAACUCGUUCUUCAAAAAGAGACUUGACGAUCGGUGGACAUGGCGAAAUGAUGCCUUGGGACUGAAGAAAGAGAUUGAUUAUGUAUUGUUGAGAAGUAUGAAGGGCGUUGUCGAUGUAGGAGUGCUCACUAGUGUUAACACGGGGAGUGAUCACCGCAUGUUAAGAUGUAAAAUGCGUCUGAAUCCGAUCUCAAGUAAGAAGACCAAGAGGAUUCCCCGUUAUCGACAGCGACUUAUUGUGUUCAACCGCUCAAUGUUUACUACAUGA